GGCUGGGGGUCUCCGGGGGGUCCCGACGUGGGGGUGACGCGGUGUCCCCGCAGCGUGGACGGCGAAGCCCCGGGCAGCGAGGGGGGGGGCCCGGUGCCCGACAGCCCCGGGAGACCCCCCCCGUACCGGGGCCUCCCCCAGCCCGCGCCCCAAGGCCCGGGGGGCGCGGGGGGCGGCCCCGGGGGGGGCUCCCCGGGCGUGGGCUGGCCCCGGCUGCCCCCCCAGCCCGCCAGCGUGGCCCUGCGCAAGCAGGAGGAGGAGGAGGAGAGCAAGAGGCCGAAGGCUCUGAGCGACAGCUACGAGCUCUCCACCGACCUGCAGGACAAGAAGGUGGAGAUGCUGGAGCGCAAGUACGGCGGCUAUUUCCGCUCGCGGCGCGCGGCGCGCACCAUCCAGGCGGCGUUCCGGCGCUACCGCAUGGCGCAGAAGUUCGAGCGGCUGCGCAGCGAGGGCGGCCGGGCGCGACGCCUGGCGCUGCCGGGGCUGCGCCUCCAGUUCUCCUUCGAGGAGUACGACCGCGGACCCCCGGCCCCCGCCCCCGGGCCGCCCCCGNUUUGUGGGGGUUGUGGGGUGGGGGGGGUCCUGAGGGUUAUGGCGGUUAUGGGCCCCGGCCCCACCGAUCGCUGGGGGGGCCCCCCCGAGGAGCCCCCCCGGAGGGGCCCCCCGUGCCUGGAGUGCCGGGGACGGGGGGCCGGGGGGGGACACCCCCCGCUGCUGACGGUGGAGCCCCCUAGCGACAGCUCGGCCGACCUGAGUGACCGCUCGGACCGCGGCUCCAUCAACCGGGGGGGCCCCUACGAGCCCGAGGGCACCGGGGGGGGCACCUUACCCCGCUCCGGGCCCCCGCAGCCCCCCGGCGCCGCCGGAGCCCCUGGUAAGGCCACGUACCAGCGGGAGCCGCGGCAGAGCUGGGACUCGCCGGCGCUCAACAACGACGUGGUGCAGCGGCGCCAGUACCGCAUCGGCCUCAACCUCUUCAACAAGAAGCCAGAGAAGGGGAUCCAGUACCUGAUCGAGAGGGGGUUCUUGUCCGACACCCCCGUGGGCGUCGCCCACUUCAUCCUGGAGCGGAAGGGGCUGAGCCGGCAGAUGAUCGGCGAGUUCCUGGGCAACCGCCAGAAGCAGUUCAACCGCGACGUCCUCGACUGUGUGGUGGACGAGAUGGAUUUCUCCGGGAUGGAGCUGGACGAGGCCCUGCGGAAGUUCCAGUCCCACAUCCGGGUGCAGGGGGAGGCGCAGAAGGUUGAGCGCUUGAUCGAGGCCUUCAGCCAGCGCUACUGCGUGUGUAACGCGGCCCUGCUGCGCCAGUUCCGCAACCCGGACACCAUCUUCAUCCUGGCCUUCGCCAUCAUCCUCCUCAACACCGACAUGUACAGCCCCAGCGUCAAGGCUGAGCGCAAGAUGAAGCUCGAGGACUUCAUCAAGAACCUGCGAGGGGUGGACAAUGGCGAGGACAUCCCCCGGGACAUGCUGGUGGGCAUCUACCAGCGCAUCCAGAGCCGCGAGCUGCGCACCAACGACGACCACGUGUCCCAGGUCCAGGCUGUCGAGCGCAUGAUCGUCGGCAAGAAACCGGUGCUGUCCCUGCCCCACCGGCGCCUGGUCUGCUGCUGCCAACUCUACGAGGUGCCCGACCCCAACCGGCCCCAGCGCCUGGGGCUGCACCAGCGCGAGGUUUUCCUCUUCAACGACCUGCUGGUGGUGACGAAGAUCUUCCAGAAGAAGAAGAUCCUGGUGACCUACAGCUUCCGGCAGAGCUUCCCGCUGGUGGAGAUGCACAUGCAGCUCUUCCAGAAUGCCUAUUACCAAUUUGGGAUCAAGCUGCUGUCGGCGGCGCCGGGGGGCGAGCGCAAGGUGCUGAUCGUGUUCAACGCCCCGAGCCCCCAGGACCGGCUGCGCUUCGCCAGCGACCUGCGCGAGUCCGUGGCCGAGGUGCAGGAGAUGGAGAAGUACCGGGUGGAGGCCGAGCUGGAGAAGCAGAAGGGCGUGGCGGGGCCGCGGGGCGCGGGGCCCCCCCGCGAGGCGCUGAACGGGCUCAGCCGCAGCAGCCUGGAGGAGGCGUUCGGGGCCGAGGGGCUCAAACGGAGCGCGCUGAGCAGCUCCCUGCGAGACCUGUCCGACAGCGGCAAGCGGGGCCGGCGGAACAGCGUGGGGUCCCUGGACAGCACCAUCGAGGGCUCCAUCAUCAGCAGCCCCCGGCCGCAGGCGCGGGGGGCCCCGGGGGGCGCCCCCGACGGCGCCUACAAACCCCCGGCGCGGCCGGUCUCCAACUCCUCGUCCUUCCUGGGCUCCCUGUUCGGCAGCCGCCGCGGGAAAGGCCCCCCCGGGCCCCCCCCCGGCGCGGGGGGUCCCACCUCGGCCUCGGCCUCCUCAUCCUCGGCGUCUUCAUCGCACCACCACCACCACCCCCGC